UAAGCUUGACGUACUAUGUUGGUGUCGACCACAUGAAGAACCUUGCAAUACGAGCCAUUGCAUUACUGCCUGAGAGGGGACCAUUUAUUUUAUUACCCUAUUUUCCUUUCUUUUGAUUAUGGACACAAAGCCGAUUUAAGUAGCAUGCUGGUCUAGAGGCUAAUGGAUUUAGAGUGCAAGUUUAAAUUGGCUGAUGGGCCUGUAGAUGCAAUAGACCCAUUAUUUGGAGCGUUUUGUCAAACACCUAGCAAGCAAUCUAAAACCCCUGUUUGCUAGACAGCUAAAACCCCAAAUUGGAACUCGACCAUGCGAAACAAAAACGGAGCUUCUUCUAGAAGCACCACUGAGGCGUCCAAAUCUAGCCUUGUUCCUCAAGAGCAAGAAUUGCCCUUGUCUGAUCUUUGAAUGUAUAGCUGCUAUGAAGGGGAGCGUCUUGCUCGUUUGCUAAAACUGAUUCAAGGUGGAAUAGAGUCUGCAAAGCAUGUAGAUAAGAAGUCACUGCCUGAGAAAUUUUGGUUCAAGCAACAAUUCGCCAUUGGGGUGAAUGAAGUGACUAGAGCUCUUGAACGGAUGUUGCCUGCAACGGAGAUGAGAGGCUCCCCUCAAAAGCCUGCUUGUAGUAGUAUUAUCUCCACCAAUCAUCGGAGACCGCCUCCAGUUCGGAUUCAGGUAAUACUGAUAGCUUCUGAUAGUAACCCAAAGUGGCUAACAAAGCAUCUGCCGAGCUUGGCUUCAUCAAGAAAGAUACCUGUGAUCUUUGUCAGAGAUAAGAAAGGCGGAUCCUUGAGAUUAGGCGAACUUGUUAAUCUUAAAACAGCGAUUGCCCUUGGAAUAAAAGCUAAAGGAAAUUCUAUAAAUCAAAUUGUUGAGGAAAUGCUUUGCGGUGGUGAUGUAAUGAACCUAGAAACAGAGUGCCAGAACUUGGCUGAGAUGUCUGGUGCACUCUGUCAGUGAACUGUUAUUUUCACAGGAAUGAUUUUACGCGCUCUGUCGCAGAGCAAAAAAGGAGGGGAAGAGCAAGAGAACUGAAUCAUGAGCUCCUAUGUUCAAGUUUAGAUGACACCCAUUUUGACAUGCUUCUUUGAAUUCAGACCUUCAAAAAUGGUUUCAAUCAGUCGCGUGACUGUUCUUCUUUAGUCAUCAUCCAGUGAUCUGUUUAUACUUCAACUGUGUGCCAAUAUAUUCAUUCUGACAUGAGCCGUAUUCCAAAUUGAUAUGGAAGUUUUAUCUGCC